CGAGAAACAAGGCCGCGGGAGCGCGGCAAAACGAAAACUGAGCGCAUACGUCUUUACUUGGAGGAUACAGCUGGGGGCGACGGUGGCGCCGGUGGUGGAUACGACUACCAGGAAGAAAUUUCCAAAGUGGAACGAAGGUCGGGAUCGCGCGGGAGCGACGCUAAAUCCAUUGGCAGUCUCAGUCAGCACUUCUUUGAGAGUGAGGACGACGAUGACGAUAAUCAGGAUCGACGUUACUACGGAACCUGCAAUGGCUAUUACUCGCAGCCGGGUAGUAAAUCCAAUUUGUUAUUGUGCACCGAGUGUGACCUCAAGACACGCACGUGUUCAUACAGACCGCAGAGUUCGGUGUGUACGAGAUUCGUCGAGGAGCGGCUAGACGUACGUCGGGCGUCGUAUAGCACAAGCGUUCAGGAACUCGGGGACUGCGUGUCGCCUUGUCUACAGUGUAACUCCGCUGGACUUAUACAGUGCGUUCAUUGUAACUUUUCGGAUACGAAUGACGGUGAUCUGAUUUGCUUUCGGUGUCAGAGUGCCGAGGCUUCGGCGGCUGGUGAGAUUUGUGACAGAUGCGAGAGCACGGGCUGCAAGACGAUAUUAACGGAGGAUAACAAGUGGCCAGUGGAUGCUCUCGUUAAGAUACAAGUUAAUAAUAGAUCCAUCGAUGUAGAUUCUGACGAACAAUUAGAGUGUGAAUCCUCGAGUUUAUCCGCGGAAGUGGAACGUCUGGCGACCAUCGACGAAGCCAAAGGUGACAGUGAAAAUGGUGAUGAGAAUACUAAAAAAAUAAACGGUACGCCGCGCACUAGAUAUCUCAAUUAUAUGAUCGUACUACUUCUGUAAAUAGUAGGUAAAGAAUUGAUCGGUAUGAUGUAUGAGAGACUCUUAAUAUGAACUUCCGUUAUUAUUAACGUGCCGUCGGCGACGAUAUAAAAGUAUAACGAGUGAUAUGAAUUUUUUUCGUCUUCAGCCGGAAGAUCAACGUCAACAACGAGAAUCAAUUUCAGUGUGUUUCGAAAUACUUGUGUUGGAGGUUCGAGGGGAUGUCACGGCAUCUCCGUCAUGUAAAUACUGCCAGAUGAAAUAAAUUGCGCACGUUACGCGUAGAACGUAGUUAGACAUAUAUUAAUUAAUGGUACAGAGAGGUUAUGUUUUUUGAGGCGGUAUGUUUUUCCACGCGCAAUUUACACUCACGUUUGGGACCAACCUUAAACCGCCAUUUGACAUCGCGUUUCGCGUAAGCGUACGUGCGGUAGGCGUAUUUCGAGUCCACGGGUAAUUCAAAAAAAAGGAGGAUCAGUGUCGUCCCUCGUAAACCGCCAAGUGUACAGGGUGUAUCAGUUAUCCAGAUAAAUUCCCUACAAUAAAUCUGGGACAUCCUUUAACCUAAAAGCUACAAUGGAACUGGCCAAGAAAAUUGUACUGUGUAUAGUAGGGAAGGAAUUCCUUAUUGUAAAAGACGUGAAACUAGCUUGUAUCUUCCUGGCUAAGCAAAAUGGUCGAAUCAGAUGGCAGAGGUUAUAGACGGUACGAGACGCAGAGGAGAGAAGAGAAUCGAACACUUGAAAAUUUAAUCUAGUACGAGUCUAGUCUUAAACUCAUGUAGGUUGAUAACAUCGUACCACAUAGGAUUUUCCAUGUUUUUCAUUACGAACAAUUAUUAAUUAAAUACUACCAUAUAACGUUCACAGUCAUGCUAUCACUAGGCCCUCCGUGAUUUGUAUGAUAUUCAUGCAAAUGUUAUAAUAGACACUAAAGCGACUAUAAUAAUGGAGGAUAACGAAGGGUUAAAUAUCGGUAUCUGGUAAACAAUUCUACCUCGUGGCAAUGGCGUAGCGUCUCGUUGAGGAUAUUCUAAACGAUUUAUUAUUACAGCUUUUUUUUCGUGAUGCCAAACAAGAAAUUAAAAUUAAAGUUUUUUUUUCAAUAAUAAAACACUGGUUUCGACAGUGGAUUUCAACGUUCGGGAUGCUACGCUCUUACAUUAAGGUACCAAAAAAAAUUGUAUUCUACUGCCAUGGUAAUUUAGAAUUCUCUUAUAUACCUGUCAGGGUUUAUAUACUAGACACCUCGAUUCUACUGAAUAUAUAGCACUAGUCACAUCAAGAGGGACGAUCGCCCCUGCGUAAUCAAUUAUCUACGUACUAAAUUAAAUUUAUACAUAUAUAUAGACGUGGAUGGUUUAUGUAUUUAUAUGUAUAUCGACGUACUUAAUAAUUGUAGUCUUGCGAGAAUGCUGUGAAUGGGGACAUGGUUCGACCAGGCGCCGCGAAUUUUUUUCUUCAAAAUUUUGGUAAUUAAACCCCCAGUUGCCGACUUGCGAGAUUACAUUGCUAAUUUUUUUUUUCAGUUUAUCUCGCAACGGUCGUCCAAUUGUCCUCUUAGUCGUUACAAAGAAUUGGAGGCAUCGUGAGACGGGAAAAGAAAAGAUUUUAAAAAAUGAAAAAUCACUAUCGCUUUCUCGAAAUAUGUCACGUUUUUUACACUUUAAAACGAAUUUACAUAAUUACUAGGGAGCGAAUGGGUGUGCGUGAAAAAUAGACAGAGAGCUUAUUUACGUGUUCCGGUGUACAUGAGAAAAAAUGGAAUUGCGAGAGAGAAAGACGAACGCGUGUUAAUGUUUGCGCGAAUGAGACCUAUUAUCGAAUUCAUCUAUCUUAUAGCGCCCUAUUAUUAAUUAUCAUUGAUUUUAUUCAGAUAUUUAUUCAUGUUGGAAGGAAUACGCCUUCUAGUUAUUCUAUUGCAAGUUACGCAAAAUUCUAUUAAAGUUCGAAACACUUUAUUCGAAGUAACGAAAGGGAUAUUGCAAGAAGCGCGAUUUUCCUAUCGGGUGGCGAGACUUUGGCAGAAAAAAGCUGAAAGAUAAAGAAAAGAGGAAAAAACGAGAUAAAAAAUCUGUAUGUUUAAACUUUCUGUCUUCCCGUCGACCCCUACACGAGGGUGGCCCAUUCAUUUUGUAAAGUUUCGCUGCAGAGAGCGUGGGCAGCUGUACAGUGCGAAAUGUCAAAUUUCGCACAUUCAACGAAAUUGCGGGGAAAAACAGAGGGAAUUGCCAAAAGAAUAUCUUUACUUCUUAAAGACGUAACUAGAAGCGAAGAAAAAAAUAAAGGGGCAAAAAUGUAUGUUUUACUAUAGUAACGAUCCCGGUAUAAUGCACUACUGUGUUUUUCAUAUCAUGAAAAUUAAAGGGAAACAAACAAUGUAACAGAAAAUGCCAAGAGUUAGAAGUCGAAGACGAUGAAGACGACAGCUUCAGCUUUAGCAUUUUAAUGAACCACCAUUACCUGUAAUUUACUAUAGUUUUAUCGUACGAGUGUAACUCAUGGCGACAUAAGUAAAAAAAAAAGGUAUUCUGUAGCCUGUACCCAAGAAAGAAUCCUGAUUUUGAAAAAGCAUACACCUGGUAUAAUUCAUUCACGGUUGGUACUCUCAUAAUUAUUCUUCUUGGAUCAUUUUAUUCUCAUUAUAAUUUUUGAUCUUUGCUAUUAUCUUUUUUUCUUUUCUUUCUUCCAUUCAUCCCAAAAUCUCGUGUGUCUCGCCCUCCCUCUUAGCGAUAAUUGUUAACGAACGGCGGAGUGGUUUUAAUUCUUGAUAAGACUUUAUUGAAUGGUCACUCAGGAAUAAAAUUACAAUAUAUUAAUUAAUAAUUACAAUAUUGAAUAUUAACGAACGACCUUUUUGUAAAUACGAAGGAUAAUACAAAUAUAUAAAAAAUACGAGAGAUAACAAUAAUUCCUCCCUCUAAAAAAAAAAAAAAAAUUAAUUUUUUUGGGAAGGACGAAAAUC